CAUAUAAAUUCAAGAAUGGAGUUCAAUAACAUCAGUUCUUGUUGCGGCAUCAUGAAGUUCAAGUGUCUUGCGUUCUUUGCUAUCAUUGCCGCUGCAAAUUGUGCAUCCUUGUACGGCAACAUACCUGUCAAAAUUAUAUACGAACAUCCCCAGAUUUUACGAGCAGUCGAACAAGACACCAAUGAUAAUAACAAUUCCAACGAUUUACUUCAAGAAGAAAGCGAAGUUAGUAGAUCCAUUGUUGAUAAUCCCAAUGCAACUAUCAAAAAUGAGAGCGGUAUUUCACAGUUCGUAUCCGAGGAAAGUGGAAAUCUUUCUGCAAAAACUCUAAACGAAAACAUACAAGAAGAUGUCAUUCAAAAAGAAUCCGAAGAACCAAAAGGAAUCUCCGCAAAAGUCAUAAAUCAAUCGUUGAAAGAAGAAUCUGUCAAAGAUCUGCCCGAUGAACAAGAAGAAAUUUCUACGAAAAAUUUAAGUGAAUCCGUCAAUCUACAAAAGCAAGCUGAGGAAGAAAAGGAAGAUUCAGCGAAAAUAUUAAACGAGUCCCUGCAAGAAGAGUCUGUUCAAAGCUCGAGCGGGCAAGCAAAGAAGCUUCUUGAAACUUUAGAAGAGCAAAAGGAAGAACAGAAAAACAACUUGGACGAAAAGCCGCAACUUGCCGAAGAUGAAAAAUUAAAGGCUGAUAAGUAUGCUAUAAUACUGGACAAGGUUCUCACAGAUGUAGCAGCAGCCGAAAAACCCGACAGUCCUGAACUUCAAAGGGUGAGUACCGAUUCCAAUAAGCUUAUCGAAGAAAAACUAAAGUCUGCAUUAGAAUCUGAUAAAGAUUUUAGUCAGAAAAACGAAGAAAGCUACUCAAAUGCAAAAAGGAUCAUUUAUAACGGUAUCACUGAUAUAAAGAACAGUAUAGACACAUAUUUAAUGGAAAACAAAGAUCUUUAUCGCAAUAGCUCACCAAUAAACGAUAACCAUUGGGAAAAAUUAAACAACACUGUUGAAGGAAUUUUUACAAAUACGCUAAAAACUCAGAAAAAUAAUAUAAAUGAGCUGAUUUUGCCCAAGUUUAGGGACGUUUCUUCGCAAUUUGUAUCAGAAUUACGCCAAGGUAACUCUAGCUUCCCUCAAAACGUUAUAAACUUUUUCCAAGAAGGUUUCCAGCAAAUUCAAUCAUCUCUUAGUGGAAACCCUCCUGCAUCCCCCGUGUCUGAUAGUGAAGUUACUUCUUCGAGACCUAAUCCCAUCCAGGGUUUGUUCAGCCAAGUACAACAGAUUUUUCAACCCAAUAGACAGCCUAACAACGGUACCCAAAGCGACACCGAUCAAAAUCCAAUCAACAGACCGGUCCAAGCGAUUCAAAGUGCCUUCAAUCAAUUUCAACAAGGCGUAAGUGGUCUUAAUCCAUUCAAUCAACAGUCAUCUCAAGCUCCACCCUUAUCCCAAAAUGACCCACCAAAAGCUGGCGAGGGAAGUUCCACCCAAGCGCCGCCACUGCAAGCAAUCCAAAAUGCCUUUGGACAAUUUCAGCAAGGAAUUAGCAACCUAAACCCUUUUAGACCAUCACAGGCAUCUAACUCUCAAAACGACGAAGGCUCAACAUCAAAUCCUUUAUCACAAAUAUACCAGAACGUAUCAAAUCAGUUUAGUCAGGCAAUCAAUAAUUUAAAUCCAUUUAGACCAUCAGCCCAACAAUCUGGCGCUGCACAAAGUGAUGAACAAACACCUCAAAAUGGUUUUAUACAAACCUUUCAAAACGUUUCGAAUCAGUUUGGUCAAGCCAUUAGUAAUUUGAAUCCGUUCAGACCAACGCAAUCUUCAGGAAGUCAAAGUGACGAACAAUCAGCUUCCGGACAGAAUGGCAUUGUUCAAACAUUUCAAAACGUCUCAAACCAGCUUAGUCAAGCAAUUAACAAUUUGAAUCCCUUCAACCGUCAGACUACUGCAGCAAAUGACCCUUUGAUCCCUACAAGUUCUCAAGCACCGAUUCUGUCUCAAUCAGGAACGCCAUUAGCAAAUAUAGUAAAUGCUGCACAAGAAAUUUCACAAAAUAAACCUUCUCCAGGGUUUGCUGUAAACCCACCCGCGUUAUCACUUCCUGAGAACCCAGUAGCAACCAUUCAAGAGACUUUACAGGUUCCUCCAGGCGCUGGUCCUUCAGAAUCUGUACAAUCGCAAGGACAACAACUUCAACAAGGAAUACAAAAUGCUGGAAAUCAGAUAGCACAAGGAUUUAGCACUUCCAUACCGGUAAAUCCACCUGCAGAAAAAGCAAAACCAACAUUAAUUGAACUGCAACCAAGCAAAGCACCGGCCAUUGACUAUCAAGUGGAAAUAAUUCCUAGUCCAGGGGUUGAACUACAGGAGAAUCUGCGAUCUGAAAUUCCCGAACCAGAAGUACGUAACAAUUUCGAAAUUAUAGAGAUGAUUCCCAGUAUCAGUAUUGAUGUGAGAAGAAAGUGAAAGUGUUAAGAAAAGAACCGUAUUAGUUAUUAAAUUAAUUUAAAAUAAUGGCGUAGAUGUGUUACGUAAUUUAAUUUUCUCGAAUGAACUCAAUUGAAGCGCUAUUUAUUGUCUACAGUGCCUAUAGAUCGACGCUAGUAGUUAAGAAUUCUGAUUAUUUGGCAAUGAUUUAGGGAACACUAUUAGUGUUGCUGUACAAUACAUAUGUACGUUUCAGUAAAUACACGUGCUGGUAGAUUAAGUAACUUAUUUCGAAAGCGUAACCGGAGUGCUACUAUUAUUAUUAUUGCAACAAUCUAUGUGAUUAAUUUUCUAAUUUAAAUUAAACUGUAAUUAAUAAAAGCUUGCGAAUAAAUGCUUAUGACGAUAA